AUGGUGGAAGACAGGCUUGUUACAAUGCAGAUCUGGGAUACAGCUGGCCAAGAAAGGUUUCAGAGUCUUGGUGUUGCUUUUUACAGAGGAGCUGACUGCUGUGUGCUAGUUUUUGAUGUAACAGCACAAAAUACUUUCAAAUCCCUGGAAGGUUGGAGAGAUGAAUUCCUUAUACAGGCCAGUCCCCGAGAUCCUGAAAACUUUCCCUUUGUUGUAAUAGGAAAUAAAAUUGAUUUAGAGAACAGAGCAGUUUCUGCAAAAAGAGCUCAAGGAUGGUGCCAUGGCAAGGGAGAUAUACCAUACUUUGAAACAAGUGCAAAAGAAGCUAUUAAUGUUGAACAGGCUUUUCAAACUGUGGCCAAAAAUGCAUUGGCCCAAGAACCAGAAGUGGGGAUGUAUAAUGAAUUUCCUGACCAGAUUAAGCUUACAAGUGAACAAAACAAACCCCGGGAAGGCUGUGGAUGUUAG